GCAAAAUACAUCUCCCAGUGCAUCGAUGAGAUCAAGCAGGAGCUGAAGCAGGACAACAUUGCAGUGAAAGCAAACGCAGUCUGCAAGCUCACCUACUUGCAGAUGCUGGGCUACGACAUCAGUUGGGCUGCUUUCAAUAUUAUUGAAGUCAUGAGUGCAUCGAAGUUUACAUUCAAAAGAAUUGGUUACCUAGCUGCCUCUCAGUGCUUUCAUGAAGGGACGGAUGUAAUUAUGUUGACUACUAAUCAGAUCCGAAAGGAUCUGAGUAGCCCUAACCAGUAUGAUACUGGAGUUGCACUGACUGGCUUGUCCUGUUUUGUUACUCCAGAUCUUGCCAGGGACUUGGCAAAUGACAUCAUGACCCUGAUGUCUCAUACAAAGCCUUACAUCAGGAAGAAGGCAGUGUUAAUCAUGUACAAAGUUUUUUUGAAAUACCCAGAGUCCCUCCGUCCUGCAUUUCCUCGCCUUAAAGAGAAACUUGAAGAUCCAGAUCCUGGUGUGCAGUCUGCCGCAGUAAAUGUUAUUUGUGAGCUGGCUCGACGCAAUCCCAAAAACUACCUUUCCCUUGCUCCACUAUUUUUCAAGUUGAUGACAUCGUCUACCAAUAAUUGGGUUCUCAUUAAAAUUAUAAAACUGUUUGGUGCUCUUACUCCAUUAGAACCUAGGCUGGGAAAGAAACUAAUUGAGCCUCUGACCAACCUCAUCCACAGCACCUCAGCCAUGUCUCUCUUGUAUGAAUGUGUGAACACAGUAAUAGCAGUUUUGAUAUCUCUGUCCUCCGGGAUGCCUAAUCACAGCGCUAGCAUCCAGCUUUGUGUUCAGAAGUUAAGGAUAUUGAUAGAAGAUUCUGACCAGAACUUGAAGUACCUGGGACUGUUAGCUAUGUCCAAAAUCCUGAAGACGCAUCCUAAAUCAGUUCAAUCUCACAAGGAUCUCAUUCUCCAAUGUUUGGAUGACAAAGAUGAGUCUAUCCGACUCAGAGCUUUAGAUCUCCUGUACGGCAUGGUAUCGAAGAAGAACUUGAUGGAGAUAGUGAAGAAACUGAUGAUCCAUGUGGAUAAAGCAGAAGGGACAACAUACCGGGAUGAGCUGCUGACUAAAAUCAUAGAUAUCUGUAGUCAGUCCAAUUACCAGUAUAUCACAAACUUUGAAUGGUACAUAAGCAUCCUGGUGGAGCUGACCCGCUUGGAAGGCACACGACAUGGGCAUCUUAUAGCAGCUCAGAUGUUAGAUGUAGCUAUCAGAGUUAAAGCGAUUCGAAAAUUUGCCGUUUCCCAAAUGGCCAUGCUUCUGGACAACGCUCAUCUCAUAGCCAGCAACACGCAGAGAAAUGGGAUCUGUGAGGUGCUUUAUGCUGCUGCUUGGAUAUGUGGGGAGUUCUCUGAGCACCUCGAAGAAGCAAACCAAACUUUAGAAGCCAUGUUGAGGCCUAAAGUGACAACCCUACCGGGCCACAUCCAGGCGGUUUAUGUCCAGAACAUGGUGAAGCUCUACGCCUCCAUCUUACAGAAGAAAGAGCAAUCCGGGGAAAAGGAAGCAGCUCAGGAAAUCACACAGCUGAUGAUUGACCGGUUGCCUCAGUUUGUACAGAGUGCGGAUCUAGAAGUUCAGGAGAGGGCUUCUUGCAUCUUGCAACUAAUAAAAUAUAUCCAGAAGCUACAAAUAAAAGAAGUACCUGUAGCUGAGGAAGUAAUAGCCCUGUUUGCUGGUGAACUGAACCCUGUGGCUCCUAAAGCACAGAAGAAAGUCCCAGUUCCGGAGGGCUUGGACCUUGAUGCCUGGAUCAAUGAACCUCCAUCAGACAGCGAGUCUGAAGAUGAAAAGCCCAAAACAAUUUUUCAUGAUGAGGAACAAAGGCAUUCCAGACAAAGACAGCCAGAAAUAGAUGAAGAGGAACUGGCCAGACGUCGAGAAGCCCGGAAACAAGAACAGGCAAACAACCCAUUUUAUAUUAAAAGCUCUCCUUCCCCCCAGAAGCGGUACCAAGACACUCCAGGUGUGGAACAUAUACCUGUGGUCCAGAUCGACCUUUCUGUCCCCUUAAAAGUUCCAGGAAUGCCUAUGUCCGACCAGUAUGUGAAACUGGAAGAAGAGCGAAGACAUAAACAGAAACUGGAGAAAGACAAGAAAAAGAAAAAACAGAAAAAGGAGAAGAGAGGGAAACAUCAUCGCCAUAACUCUCUGCACACGGAGAGUGAGGAGGAUAUUGCUCCAGCUCACCAUGUCGAUAUCAUAACAGAAGAGAUGCCAGAGAAUGCUUUGCCCAGUGAUGAAGAUGACAAAGAUCCCAAUGAUCCCUAUAAGGCACUUGAUAUAGAUCUGGACAAACCCUUAGCAGACAGUGAGAAGCUGCCAGUGCAGAGACACAGAAAUGUUGAGACCCUGAAGUCACCGGACUCGGAACCUCCCCUAGUAGAGAAGAAGAGCAAGAAACCCAAAAAGAAGGAAAAGAAACACAAAGAAAAAGAGAGAGACAAAGGAAAGAAGAAAGAAAAAGAGAAAAAGGUAGUAGAGGAAGAAGAAGAAAAAAAGGGGGAAGACUUGGAUUUCUGGCUCUCUACUGCUCCACCACCUGCUUCCACUACCCAGCCACAGAGUGGGCCUGAAGUGGGUGCUGCUGUUGUGGCUGAACCUCAGGAGGUGAAAAAGGAGGAAAGGGAAGAGCGAGACGAGGAGGAGGAGGAUGAAGGAAAGAAAUCUUCCAAGCAUAAGAAGAAAAAGCAUAAGAAGGAGAAAGAAGAGAAAUCAAAGGAUAAAAAGAAAUCCAAAAAGAAGAGUCAUCACAGUGAGGAGGAGACAACAGAGUCGGUGCAGAACGGAACACUAGAUGAUGAACCACUACCACCUAUGUCCAGUUACCGCCUUCUCGCAGAAAAUCCCUACAUUAAAAUGACCUACGAUAUUCAAGGAAACCUCCAGAAUGAUAGUCAAGUUACUGUCUCUGUUAUCUUUGAAAACAAAAGCACUAGCUUCCUUAAGAGCAUGGAACUAAAUGUCCUGGACUCUCUCAACACUAAAAUGCUCCGACCAGAAGGAUCAUCAGUACACGAUGGGAUACCUGUGCCCUUCCAGUUACCCCCUGGAAUCUCUAAUGAAGCCCAGUUUGUGUUUACACUUCAGAGUAUUGUUAUGGCUCAGAAGUUAAAAGGAACCCUGUCCUUUAUAGUCAAAAAUGAUGAAGGUUCAACCCAUGAAAAACUAGAUUUCAAAUUGCACUUCAGUUGUGCUUCAUACUUGAUCACGACGCCUUGCUAUAGCGAUGCUUUUGCCAAGCUCCUGGAGUCUGGGGAUCUGCACAUGAGCUCUAUUAAAGUAGAUGGAAUUAGCAUUUCUUUCCAACAUCUACUGGCAAAGAUCUGUUUUCAUCAUCAUUUUUCAGUUGUGGAGCGUGUUGAUUCGUGUGCAUCAAUGUACAGUCGUUCUAUCCAAGGCCAUCACGUCUGCCUACUGGUAAAAAAGGGAGAGAAUUCUGUAUCCAUAGACGGGAAAUGUAAUGAUUCCACCCUGCUUAGCAACUUGUUGGAUGAAAUGAAAGAGACGUUGUCCAAGUGCUGAAUAUUCCUUCUCAAAUACUCCAAGAAACACACCUAAUGUGUAAAGACGAGCAGACCCAAGUGUUAAGUUUCUCCCUCGUACGCAUGUACUAUCCUGGGGCACGUGCUUUUCAGUUAACUCCACUGUUGUUUGCAGUUUAGACAUUUUAAGGCUCUAUGUUACCUUUUUAUUUCAAAACUUUUUACAAACUGUGGUGUUAACCCUUUCUAGCCCAAAGAGAUCCUGGUGACAUGACUGGAGGAGAGGGAGGGAGGGAGAGGCGCUAUUUAUUCAGCAGCUCGCG